GACUUUCAGCGUUGGGAAUAAUUUCAGUCACUCUCACGUCAGUUUUACACCAUGGCUUUGAAUGUCGCUCCUGUAAGAGACACAAAAUGGCUGACGUUAGAAGUGUGCAGACAGUUUCAAAGAGGAACUUGUUCACGCUCUGACGAGGAAUGCAAAUUUGCACAUCCCCCGAAAAGCUGCCAGGUUGAAAAUGGAAGAGUUAUUGCCUGCUUUGAUUCUCUAAAGGGCCGUUGCACACGAGAGAACUGCAAAUAUCUUCAUCCACCAACACAUUUGAAAACUCAGCUAGAAAUUAACGGCAGGAACAACUUGAUCCAACAGAAAACGGCUGCCGCGAUGCUAGCACAGCAGAUGCAAUUUAUGUUCCCAGGAACACCACUUCAGCCGAUGCCCUCCUUUUCUGUAGGGCCAACAAUAGGAUCCAACACAGCAUUGAGCUUUGCACCAUAUUUAACAUCUGUCACUCCUGGGGUUGGAUUAGUUCCUACUGAAAUUGUCCCCUCGCCACCUGUCAUUGUUCCUGGAAGCCCCCCUGUCACAGUUCCUGGGUCUACCACGACACAGAAACUCCUCAGGACAGACAAAUUGGAGGUAUGCAGGGAGUUCCAGCGAGGGAACUGUGCACGGGGCGAAACCGACUGCCGCUUUGCCCAUCCCGCAGACAGCACAAUGAUUGACACGAACGACAACACCGUAACUGUUUGUAUGGAUUACAUAAAAGGGCGCUGCAUGAGGGAGAAAUGCAAAUAUUUUCACCCUCCUGCUCACUUGCAGGCCAAAAUCAAAGCUGCUCAGCACCAAGCCAACCAGGCGGCAGUGGCGGCCCAGGCUGCCGCCGCCGCCGCUACAGUGAUGACUCAGUCGACUGCCAAAGCAAUGAAGCGACCUCUCGAAGCAACUGUAGAUCUGGCCUUUCCUCCCGGCGUCCUUCACUCUUUACCAAAGAGGCAAGCUAUUGAGAAAAGCAACGGGGCCAGUCCUGUUUUUAAUCCCAGUUUCUUGCACUACCAACAGGCUCUUGCUAGUGCACAAUUGCAGCAACACGCAGCGUUUUUUCCAACAGGGUCAGUUUUGUGCAUGACACCCGCUACCAGUAUUGUACCCAUGAUGCACAGCGCUACGUCCGCCACUGUCUCUGCAGCAGCACCUCCUGCAGCAAGUGUUCCCUUCGCCGCAGCAGCCGCAGCCAAUCAGAUAAUCCUCAAGUAGCCAACAGGAACGGAAUGGAAUGUCAAGAUGCUUCGUUGAGAACAGCAAAGCAUUGUUACUGUACAUACUACCCUGUCUCUUCCUCGAUAGAAUUGCCACAAACUGCAUGCUGAGUUAUGAGUUUGUUCGUCCGGACA